UGUAUAUAACUCAUGUAAUUAGCACCACUUUCAAAAUUACUCUAUAGAUUAAAAUGCAGGAAGAUCCAGAAAUUGAGGCAAGCCUAAGAGGCCAAGCAGAUAUAUGGAAGUACAUGUUUGGUUUUGCUGAUUCCAUGGCCUUAAAAUGUGCUGUGGAGCUACGCAUAGCCGAUAUCAUACACUCCCAUAGACCUAGUGAUGGUACCCCAAACUCAAACCCUAUGAUCGCUUUGUCCCAAAUAGCCUCAUGCAUAGCACCCUCCCCAGACAUCACUUACCUCACACGCAUCAUGAGACUUCUUGUCCACCGGAAUAUAUUCGCCGUUCAUCACCCAUCUGAUGGCGGGGAACCUCUUUAUGGUUUGACAGAUUCAUCAAGAUGGUUGUUACAUGACGCAGAGCUGAGUCUAGCGCCUAUGCUUGUGCUGCAGAAUCACCCCUGCCUAAUGGCGCCUUGGCACUAUUUUAGCCGAAGAGUCAAAGAAGGAGGUCCAUGUGCCUUUAAGAUGGCCCAUGGGCUUGAUAUUUGGGACUACGCUUCUCAAAAUCCAGAGAUCAACAAAUUGUUCAAUGAUGGCAUGGCCUGUUCUUCUAGGGUUGUGACAAAGGCAAUAUUCACAGGUUAUGAACAUGGGUUUGAUGGUGUGGGAUCGUUAGUGGAUGUAGGUGGUGGGACUGGAAGUGCGGUGGCUGAGAUUGUCAAGGCCUAUCCCAACAUCAAAGGUUUCAAUUUUGAUCUGCCCCAUGUCGUAGCCACAGCACCGGUGUACCAUGGCGUGUCACAUGUAGCUGGUGAUAUGUUUGAGGGCAAUAUUCCAAAUGCGGAUGCAGUUUUCAUGAAGCAUAUUAUGCACGAUUGGAGUGACAGUGAUUGCAUCAAGAUUUUGAAGAAUUGCCGAAAAGCAAUACCAGAGAAAAGUGGGAAGAUCAUUAUUGUUGAUGUAGUUCUAGAGCCAAAUGGUGAAGGGACUCUGAAUGACACACGAUUGAUUCUUGAUUUAGUGAUGAUUGCACACGCGUCAGGUGGAAGGGAGAGAACUGAGAUUGAAUGGAAGAAGUUAUUGGAAGAAGGAGGUUUCCCUCGCUACAAAGUCAUCAAAAUUCCAGCUUUUGCAUCCAUUGUUGAGGCCUACCCUAUGUGAACUAAAUUCCAGUAUCAUGCAAAUGUUGUAGUUAUUAUGUAUUGUCAAUAAAACGAUGCUCAAUCGUAGUGAUUCCAGCUGGCUUAAGCA